CGGCGCAUGCGCGGAACCCUCCGCCGGGCCCAGCGGCGGCGGGGCCUGCCCUGCUCUGUAGGCCUGUGUCCAUGCACAUGACAUAUCUAUAGGUGCAGCCGUGUCGCUGAAUCUGAUGCUCAGGAAGUGAGCUCUCUCCAGCUGCCAAGAUGGUAAUAAACAUCUGUCUCCCACAGUUCAAGCCAAGAAUUCACUGCAACAAGAUCUCUGCUGAUGGUUAUGAAGUGGAGAACCUGAUCUCUGAAGACCUCGCCAGGAGAAACCGUGGUUUCCGCAGCGAGUACUUCAUCAAACCUCCAGUCCAUGUCACCAUCUCUUUUCCCUUCAACAUUGAGAUCUGCAGGAUUAAUAUUGACAUCUCAUCCGGGGGUUACCAAACCUUCUCUGGGCUCGAAGUUUACACCUCUACCUCAUGCAAUAAAACCUCUUGGCAGAGCCCUGAGGAUCAGUUCUCAGGUCUGGCCGGUCAGCCUGUGUCGGACAAAGACACUUUCACACUGGUGGGCAAAGCUGUCUUAAGAAAUCAAAGCAAAGUGACAUUUGGCCACAGAGGCUUCAAGCCAAGGCCUCCCUUUCAUCAGAUGGAAAAUGUCUUCUCCUACCCUGGCUCUGCAUCUCACGACCUCUGGAACAAAGGGCCCGCCUCGCUGAGCAACGUGUCGCACUUGAAAAUCUGCAUCACCCACGUGGGUGGAGGUGGCUUGCCUUGCAUUAAGAGGCUGGAGGUGUGGGGGCAGCCUGCCAAAUCCUGCCCGCAGGAGGUGAUCGAGGGUGUCUUUCAGGUGGCUUCCCAGUUCUUUGCCCAGGACGCCGGCAGCCUCAAGCCGGAGCCCUGGACGCCGAUGGAGAGCGACUGCGUGCCCUUCGGCGCCAGCGAGCAGCAGACCCUCCGCAAGCUGGUGGACGUCGUCCAGGACAUCCCUGAAGAGUUCCUGGACCCCAUCACUCUGGAGAUCAUGACCCUCCCCAUGCUGCUGCCCUCUGGGAAGGUGAUCGACCAGACCACCUUGGAAAAGUGCAACCGCAGUGAGGCGUCUUGGGGCAGGGUUCCCAGCGAUCCCUUCACUGGGGUGGCCUUCAGCCAGCACUCGCAGCCCCUACCUCACCCCACCCUCAAGGCCAGGAUAGACCACUUCCUCCUGCAGCACAACAUCCCUGGCACCAACCUGCUGGGGAGGGCUCACACCUCUGAGAUGCUGGUCCCUUCUUCCAUCACUAUGUCUUCUCUGAAAAGGAAGAUGGACUGUGUGGAGCAGAGCUCCAUGCAGCCACCCUACUUUUCUUCUACAGACUUGCUUGUCACCACUACCUCAGAGAACAGUGCUAAAAAAAUGAAAACUGACAGUGACUGCCACUUGACCCAAAUGGACUGUUCCACAGACCUGGUGUCUCAUGAACAGAAGCUGUCGGAGAGUUUGGACACUGCCUUGAACUCGGCGCUCAGCACCAUGCCCUCCUUCACAGCCAAGCUGAUGAAAAGCCAGCAGCAGGCACAGGGGGAGGGAGGCUGCAGCAGCUCCUGGAACCUAGGCAGCGUCCUUGAGCACAGCAGGAGCAGCCAGACCCAAGGAUGUGCUUCCUGUGGCAAAACCUUCUCCUCGUACUUCAAAGCGGAGCCCAUUUACCAGCUCCCCUGCGGCCACCUGCUGUGCCGCCCCUGCUCGGCCGACAAGGAGAAGCCUCUCUCCUCGCUCCUGUGUGGCAGCUGCAAGAGGUCAGCCUCCACACACGACAUCAGGAGGGUCCACUUCUGACCCCUCGGCACGGGGAGGGCGAGAGUAAGGAGCUGCCGCCGUUCCCUGUGUCUGUGCUGAUCUGGAGGAGGAGGAAGGCCUUGGGAGAGCUUGCCAGAUGAGCAGUGGCAGAGGGGACUUGGU